AUGGAACCCGCGUUUAAGAAGAUGGCGUGGCCAGAGGCGACAGCCCCCGCGAAUUUCUGGAGACGGCAGCGGCCAGCGAUCGCGGCCAUGCGGGUGUUGUGGCUGAGGACCUUGGGACUCAUGCGAGCGUCGGCUGCGACGGCGACGAUGACGACGGCGGCGACGGCGGAGACGGCCGCGACGCAGACCACGACGCCGCAGACGUCGACGACGGCGACGGGGACGGCGGCGGCGACGGUUGCCGAGGACCUUGAGACACCUAUGGGAUACGCGGAAGAUAUCGAUGGCCGCCGGGGGGCUGGAUAA